AUGGCGGGCUGGUGGCGGGCGCUGGCGCGGGCGGCCCAACGCCACCCCUGGCCCACCAACGUGCUGCUCUACACCAGCCUCUACUCGGCCGGAGACGCGCUGCAGCAGAGACUGCGGGGCGGCCCUGCCGACUGGCGCCAGACGCGGCGCGUGGCUACGCUGGCCGUGACCUUCCAUGCCAACUUCAACUAUGUGUGGCUGCGCCUGCUGGAACGCGCGCUGCCGGGCCGCGCUCCGCGCACCGUCCUGGCCAAAGUGCUGUGCGACCAGACGCUGGGUGGGCCCGUGGCCCUCUCGGCCUUCUAUGUCGGUAUGAGCUUUCUCCAAGGAGAUGAGGACAUAUUUCUGGACCUGAAGCAGAAAUUCUGGAAUACAUAUAAGACUGGUCUGAUGUACUGGCCCUUUGUACAGGUGAGUUGGACACGCCUCAGAACACCAAGUCAUGGCUUUGGCCUCUGUGGAGACCUCAUCGCCCCUCUCUCUCUCUCUGUUCCAGCUGACCAACUUUGGCCUCAUUCCUGUUCACUGGAGGACAGCUUACACUGGACUCUGUGGUUUCCUCUGGGCCACCUUCCUUUGCUUUUCUCAGCAGAGUGGUGAUGGCACGUUGAGCUCAGCUCUCACUCUGCUUGUCAGAAAGGGAGCCGGUGCAGCCGAGAGGCCCCCGGGGGAAUGAGGUGGC